GAACAAGCGCACGGCAGGUUUUCGAGGACGGCGGCCUGCAUCCAAACUGACCGCCUCGCUGUGUGAAGUCUCCCAAGGCGAUAGCGACACAGCGAAGAAAUAACCAUGCCCUCAGUAACCUCAUCAAGGCCGUCGAGGAGGAGCAGGCAGGCAGUGUUGCCGGGCAUCGCCAGGGAAGACUCGGACGAUGAGUUAGGCGUUGACGACCACCCUUGGGAAUGGAUCCAUGCCGACAUUCGGGAAGCCUCGCCGGCCGGCACACCAUCACGGAAGAGGAAGCGGGCCAUGUUGGAUGACGAGCCGAGGAUCGUCGGCGCAAGGAUGGGCUCAUUUGUGUGUCGAGUGGGUGACAUUGUGCUUCUCAAGGCAGAGACAACCGGAGAGGCCUGGGUUGCCAUCAUUCGUGACUUCCUCGAGGAUGAGGAUGGUGAGAUGGCUGCCGAUUUCCUGUGGUUUUCAUCCGAAAAGGAAAUCCGGAAUAAGCACAAGAAAAGGACAGACUUUCUGUGGAACGAGCUGUACAUUACCCCAAACUCAGACCUGAACCCACUGGCAGCUAUCAAUGGGAGGGCAAAGGUCAUGUCGGCGGAAGCUUUUCAGAAACUCUACCCCAGUGGGAAGGUGCCAAGGAGCGCAAAAGACCAUGGCAAGAUCUUUGUUUGCCGGCGAGGUUGUAAUACGAGGACCGCCACAUAUACUGAUGAGUUUGUGUGGGAAGACGUCUAUCAGGGCGCUGACGAUAUCCACGCCCUGGAGGAGUUGGUCGAAGGCGGGACAAAGGCGACGAAACAACGCAGGCCAGCAAGGCAACGAACUCCGGAUGACCUUUAUGAUGGUAAUGGUGAUGGCGACGAGGAAGGAAGGGGUGAAAAACGAACGCCACGGAAGCCGUCCAGCCACCUUGGCACACCGAAGAAACCACGGUCUGCGAGCAAACCAGUGACUCCGUCAUCUCAUCGAAAGGUGGUGCUGAAGAAACACCUCGAGUUCACUCCUUUGGCAACCCGCGUCCUUUCACCGAGUCACCACCAAGCCUCUCCAUUCCAGUUGGCCCGAGCCAACCUUCACGUUGCUUCUGUUCCGACCAGCCUUCCUUGCCGAGAGGCCGAGUUCAGCCUAGUUUACUCUCACCUCGAGGCUGCCAUCGCCGAUGGCAUGGGCACCUGCAUUUACAUAUCUGGGACGCCUGGAACGGGAAAGACCGCGACAGUGAGGGAGGUGGUUUCCCGGCUGGAUGAGUCAGUGAGGUCGGACGAGCUCGACGACUUCAUCUUUGUCGAGAUCAACGGCAUGAAGAUCACAGAUCCACAUCAGGCAUACUCACUCCUGUGGGAGGCGCUUAAGGGGCAACGAGUAAGCCCGGCGCAGGCUCUGGAUCUUUUAGAAAGGGAGUUUAGCCACCCGAGCCCUCGUCGGGUGCCAUGUGUUGUGUUGAUGGAUGAGCUGGACCAGCUGGUCACCAAAAACCAGGGAGUCAUGUACAACUUCUUCAACUGGCCUGGCUUGAGACAUAGCCGACUUAUCGUGCUGGCUGUGGCGAACACCAUGGACCUGCCGGAGAGGACACUGAGCAACAAGAUCAGCAGUCGCUUGGGGCUUACUCGAAUAACCUUCCCUGGAUACAACCACGAGCAACUCAUGAAAAUUGUGCAGUCGAGACUCGAAGGCGUCCCUGGAAACAUCGUCGAGCCAGACGCCAUUCAGUUCGCAAGCCGCAAAGUCGCAGCAGUCAGCGGAGAUGCCAGACGGGCGCUUGAUAUUUGCAGGAGGGCGGUGGAAUUGGCGGAGGUCGAGGCAAAGUCAGUCGACCCAACGUCGGCGCCCUCGACGCCGAGCAAGAGGCAGAGAGAGAAGGAAGCCAAAGGCGAAACCCCGAGCAAGAAGAAGAAUCUCGGUAGGGUCACCAUCGAUACCGUGCGGAGGGCUAUCAACGAGGCCACGAGCAGCCCCUUGCAACAAUACCUGCGCACCCUACCUUUCGCUUCAAGACUGUUGUUGUCGGCGCUCUUGGCAAGGACACAGAGGACGGGCCUCGCAGAGAGCACGUAUGGGGACGUGCUCGAGGAGAUGCAGCGCUCGCUGAAGCUCGCCGCCGACAGCCGGCAGCUGGAGCUACUGGAGAAGAAAGCACGCCCGGCCGGUGGCAAUGCGUGGGACAACAAGACACGCCGUGACGUGAAGGGGGUCCGACUCGCCGGCCUUGGGGCCGCCGCUGUUGAUCUCACGGGUGCUGGUAUCAUCAAUCUGGAGGCACAGAAGGCUGAGCGGCCGAGCAAGAUCCGCCUCGCGGUUGGGGACGAGGAGGUCCGGCUCGCGUUCCGAGAUGACCCUGAAAUUAAGGCGAUGAGCCUCAUCAUAUAGGCUAUGUGCCGUCAGACUUGAUAGGCAGACAACGAUGACCAAAAUUCAUCCA